GAGACAGUAUGUAGUGGGUGGGGUGGGCAGUGCGAGUAAACUAUGUAGUUCAUGAGGAAACAAAGCUAGAUUCGCCACGCAGCCGAUGAACAAUAGGAUAGAGACAGGGAUAUGGGCAGAACGGCGCAUUUUCGUGGGGCAUGGGGACAAUUCGUUUGGAGCUGAAAAAUCCAACCCCGGAAUUCAUUCCGACUCAAUCAAAUCGGCUGAUUGGAUCUAAAAGCGUCUACAUAGCUAAUCUUGGCCAAAGAAGAGACAACUAGACAAUGACCGAUCACGAAAAGCAGGACUAAACUCAAAUCAUCAGGGCUAACUUGUACCUUUUCCGGCCUAUGGCAAAGCGGUGAGCAAACAGUGCAUUCAGUUCAAUGCAUUGUACAUCUAUGGAAAACCUAGUCCUUGUCCCAAUAGUGGCGUAAUUGUGCCAGGGCGACUAGUCCAAACCGAACAUUCUGACGUCACUUUCCAGUCAACCACACGCUCAUCCAGAUCAGGUCCUAGACCCAUUUGAAAUGCCGGAAACUUGGUGAGGAAUUUACAUGAACUUUAUGCAAAAAAUUACUGCCCACCGGCUGCAGGGUUUAGUGACACAAGUCACAAGACCCCUUCCCUUCCCUGAAGAGAUCCAAAUGUUGCAAGGGGGGAUCGAUCACGGGCUGCAUGAUGUACAGGCUCCUAAACUUGAUGGAGCAUAUGCGCGCACAGUCGAGUCGUGCACUCGCGCUGUUGAGCCGUGGAAGUUACCAAAUGCCGACAAGUGCAGGGAGCCACCACCGCACCGGCACCACGUCGCCGUCACGGCACCACACCACACACCCCCAGCCCCGAUCAACUGCCCCCCGGCCUGGCCGAUCCACAACUGCUUAUAAACCCUUCGUCUUCCUCCUCCCACCUUCACCACCGCACCCUCGCCUCGCCUCCUUUCCGCCGGAGCGAGCGAGCGAGCGAUGGACCUCGACGACGACAUGAUGCCCUACUCCCCGUCCGGCGACUCCUCGCCGUCCUCCUCCGACCUGGACACCGAGUCGACGGGGUCCUUCUUCCCGGACAGGAGCACGACGCUGGGGACGCUGAUGGGCGUGUCGGCGUUCGGGGGCGGCGCUGCGCAGCGGCGGAUGGCUCGCGCGCCGCCGGGGCAGGAGAGCGAGAGGCCGACGCGGGCGGCAACGGAGGAGCGAGACGGGCGGCGGGCGGGCGGGUGGCGACGGAGGAGGCGGCGGCGGGGCGGGAGCUGGUGGCGGCUGUGCCGCGACGACGCCAGCGGGCCGCCGACGAGGCUGGGCGAGUUCCUGGACAUGGAGCGGCAGCACGCCGGCGCCGACUUCCUGUGCGGCGGCGGCGGCGGCGGCCCGCAGGAGCCGGAGGCGCCCACGGUGGUGGCGACGCCGCUGUUCGAGGACGGGAGGGUGCGCCCGCCGCAGCAGCGCGCCGCCCCGCCGGAGGAGCGCGGGAGGUGGCGGCUGCAGCGGGCCGCGGAAGGGUCGUCGUCCACGUCCUCGUCGCUGGCCAGGCUCCCGGUGCUGCUCACCGGCAUCUGCAGCGGCGGCGCGGGGUAGUGGCAACGCCCCGCAAUUAACUGCCUCUCGGAGGGGCGUUUACGCCGUGUACGUGAAAGCCGACUGAAUGCAGCAUCAUUCUUUUUCUUCAUCCCACGGAUUGAUUCUCUCUGCCGCUGCCGCUGCCGCUUCAUUUCUCCCAUAAUUAUUCUUGUUCGGAAUCGGACCCUCUGGGCUGGGCCAGUACAAAAUUCUUCGUUUGAUGCUUCGCUUCCCCUCUUUUCUUUCUCCUUUUGCUCUACUUUAUUACUAUCGAAAAGAAUCGGAGGCAGUGCAACAAAAGUGACAAAACUAUGUGCUCAUGUUGUUACACCCCUCAGUUUUUUUUUACCUCCUGUACGUACUUGUGUAAAUAUCGAAAGUAAUAAGAAAAAUUUACGCAAA